AUAUGAAAUGAAAUAUAGUCUAGUUGGAUGUGAUGUGAAUAAUGUAAAACAGAAACAACUUUUAUUUAAUAUGAACUUGUUUGAACAAAAUAAAACGAUAACGGAAAAAUGUCUUCAUAGUAUAUACUCAGAUUUUUAUUUACUACCUGAUGAAACAACUAUAAUAAAAGACAAUGAUAUAUCGAUUGGAGCUGGAGGUAAUGGGGGGAUAUAUUGCCGAAAUAAGAGGAAGAAUGGAGAAGAUAUGUUAGAUAAAUGUAAUGUGAAUGGAAAUUUAAUAAUAACUAAUAGUAUAGUGAAAAUUACAGAACACACAGUAUUAGAUAUAAAAGGCUCGAUUGAAAUAAUAGAUAGUUUUGUCACAAUUGAAUAUGGUAGCAGCAUAGAGGGCUGUAUUAUGAAACUAAAGCGCACUGUUAUUACUAUAGAACGGAUUGCAUGGCUAGAUUCAUUGGAUGACUCGAUGAUCUUAACCAAAUUAAGACCUUCUAUAUUUGUGUUAAGACUAUAUUCAACAAGCAAUUCUAAUAUAUUGAUUAGACAAAAGAUCUAUUCAAUAGAUCCAUUCUUUGAAGAUAUAUAUAGUUCUAUUGGAUGUAUGUGUUUGGAUAGUCCAAGUGAUGACGUCCCGCGCCCAGAAGAAGAAGAAAAGCUAAUCGAUCUGAGCGGUAAUAAAAAUAAUCAAAAAUCAGAUCUUAUUUUCAGUUCAGAAUUGACAACUUCAUUGGAAGAUUGGGUAAAUGAAAUUCAAAAAGUUAAUAGCAAAAGUGAAGACGAAAAUGAUAGCAAAAGUGAAGACGAAAAUGAUAGCAAAAGUGAAGACGAAAAUGAUAGCAAAAGUGAAGACGAAAAUGAUAGCAAAAGUGAAGACGAAAAUGAUAGCAAAAGUGAAAAUUCAAACGAUAGCAAAAGUGAAGAUACAAACAAUAGCGAAAUGAAAAAAGAAAUUUACAGAAAUUUUAAUACAUGGUCAUUAGAUGAUACAUUAAACAAAAUGAGAAAAAUGGCCAUAUCAGAAACAGCAACUGAUGGUUAUAUAUCAAAUUGUCAUAGUGAUGGUGAAGGUGCAAAAAAAAUAUACUGUAAUAUCUGCUAUAAUGUAAAAAAUAAUAUAACAAUAAACCAACAAGCUUUCAACUCGAAAAAUGCAGAACAACUUUUAUUUGAGCUGAAAUCGAUAGUUAGAGUACAGAUAUAUAGAUUUUAUAAACUAUAUCUAGAAGAAGGAAAACUAAAAAAAACACUUGCGUAUAUCUAUGCAAAUAAAGAGUUAUUCUGUGGGAUAGCUGAAUCUGAUGUAUCUGCGAUAAAUAAAUAUGCUGAGGUUGUAGUGGAUUUUGAUGAUAAACGAUUAUUGAAUUAUGCUGAUAUUAGCGAAGCUAUUUUAAAUACUGUCAAGCUGGGAUGUAGCCUGCUUUUAUUAUCGGAUUAUCUAUUUGGGAUGUAUAAUCCAAGUAGUGUAAUUGUGGCACCAGUAUUCUCUAAUUUUGCAGAAGUACAAUAUUUGAUAGAUAUGAUAGGAUUUGACGAUGAAAACUCAAAAAAAAAUACAAGUUAUGCAUACAGUAAUGAAUAUAUGCCUAUCAGAUUAGUACUGGUAAAAAGUGAAACACUAAAACUAAAGCCCAUAUAUAAGAUAUUGGCAUACUAUACGAAAAACGAGAACAUAGAAACAGCAUAUCACGUAAUAGAAGGUGGUAAACUUAUGUGGGAAGGUAUAUGUAUGAGAUACACAACCAAUAACAUAAGUGUGGACACAUACAUGAUACCAUUACUAUUUGUAAUGAUAACGACGAACAUUUUGGUAGUGGUGUUCAGGUUUAUACCAGCAUUAAAAUACAAAAUACUAUCGAUUCUGGCACCUGAUAGCUAUGGAAAAAGCAGUAUGUACGAUAAUUAA